AUGCGCUCCUCGUCCUCUUCACGCGGCUCGCUGCGUCGCUUCUUCUCGCAUCGACGUCAUCGUGUGCCUCGCGGCGCUUCGGCCCGCGCAACUCCGGCGUCCGGAGCUGCGGCUCAGCGAUCACUAGCGGCGCGGACGCGACUGCUGGACACAUGGAGUUUACCGGAGCUCUUUGCGCUACGAGAACUUGUACACGUCGCCGUGAACAAGACCUUUAUCGCGCCUGAGGUGCAGCUCGACCCUCCAGCACUUCAACGCGCUGUUCGCGGCGACGAUCUGAUGCGCACAGGCGCCAGCAGCUCCGCCAGCUCCAGCACAACCGCAACGUCCAGUAUCGAGGAUCUUAAGCGUCAGCAGCAGCUGCAGACCCACGUGGACUCAGCACUGGUGCGCAGUAAGCGCUUCUACUUCAGUCGACGCGCCGACACGAGACUGCGACUCAGUACGAGGAGACAGUUCGUGCGGCUCUUCCCGCUUUUGGGACGCGCAUCCAGAACAUCGCAGCGCACACUGUUCCGGGCCUUUGACGCCAAUGAUACGGGGAAAAUCGAGUUUGACGAGCUGUGUGAGAUGCUGGCCCGAGUGAAGCAAGCUAGAGGCUCGUCAGUGGGUGAAAUGGCGGAGCUGGUCUUCGCCUGGUUCCAAGGAGACAAAAGCGAGGCUGUAUUGACCCAUACGGACGUCAAGCUGCUCGCAAUGACAGCUAUGGAGCUUGAAGGUGACAGCAAAGUACAGACGGAGCAUGGAUACGACUUAGUAGCGUCUCUGAUGAAGUUACUGCUGGAACGUGAGCAGCACCAAGUGACAAAACAAGUUUUCUGCCAGCGAAUGGAUUGUGAACUGGGUACUCACGUGCUGCACGUAUUGUUCGCUCCUUUUGGGGUAGUAAAAGCACUUCUGGAUGAGGAGACGAUACUGCAGGAAGUGGACACGACACGGUGGAGGGCAGGAGAUACGGCGUACGUCGUGUCUAAUAGCUGGUGGACGCAAUGGCGGAGAUACGUGCAGCCUGAUCACUGUAGUCAUCAUUCUCAACACAAUCAGACAAGGAUCAGCAAUAACCAGCAUGAGCAGGAAGCAGGAGAGCAACAGGAGCAGCAGCAAGAGAGACACGCUCAGCCGCAAGUUGCGGUGUGUCAUCUUCGUCCUGGACCUAUCGCUAACAGCGAUAUAUGUGCGAACGAGCAGCUAGGAACGCUACGACCUGGUCUUAUUGAAGAUGAAGACUUCGUUCUCGUUUCCUCCACUGUGUGGAAACGGCUUGUUCAAGUUUAUGGAGGUGGACCCGAAUUCCCGCGACAGAUCACCGCAGUUUCUUUAUCCGACGAACAACUGGAAAUGCCAUCAAGAGAGGAGGAUGGAAAGCCGAUCGAAUGCACAAAUGUCACGUUGGUCUUGAAAUCUCGAGGUCAACUCGAUCAACAUGUGCAAGUGGACUUGUAUCCUGUGGUGUUACAAGUUCGACUGGCACGACAUGACUCUCGACACGUGUAUCUUGUGUACUCACGACGGUUCUUGAUGCAUCGCACUUCGUCUAUCAAGGAAAUUGUGCAUCGAAUGGGCAUCAUUCCCGAUGUAAAUGCGAGAGAGGUUACAGUUUGGUUACGUCGUCGUCGUCUCCAGUCGUGGGCGCGCUUGGAAUGCAGUCUUGAAGCCCCGCACGCUACGCUUGAGGGAUUGCAGAUUACAAGCGCCCACGAGUUACUGGUAGACUUCCGUGCUCUGGACAUUGACGAGGACCCACAAAGCGUCGCUCAGCAACGUCGACGGACCAGUAUUGGCAGUAUUCUGCCUCGAACACCGUUUACUGUACCCAUGCUACAACCUGUGGGCAAUGACUUUGUCUGCUGCCCGCGUACCAGUCUUGCCAAGUUUGCCAAGACAGGAGACUGGAAGAUUCUGCGUGAGAGUAUGGCUGCCGAACAGGAAGCAGCUGCGAAUGCUUCUGCGGUCUCUGCGCAUGUCGGACCCGCAGGAGUCCUUGUGGGGCUUGCCAAGCACAUGGAAACAGCAACGAAAGCGUCGCGUGGAAGAUUGAUUCAGCACGACGGUUUGCGAGCCACAGGGCUGAUCAAUAUGGGCAACACAUGCUUCAUGAACAGUGCUCUACAGUGCUUUGUCCACUCGCCAGUGUUCCGCGAGUACUUUUUGUCGAACAGAUACGAAGCAGAAGUCAACAAGAAGAACCAUCUCGGAAGUCGUGGUGCAAUGGCGGCAGCGUACGCACAGCUUCAAAGCUCUCUCUGGCGUGAACGUGACCAAGGAUAUUUGCUCCCCGGUCGUUUUCGAGACGAGUUUACGCGUGUCCGUCGCCACUUUGAAGAAACGCGCCAAUAUGACGCGCAUGAGUUCAUGGUAGCUCUUCUGGACUGUCUGCAUGAAGACCUGAACCAAGGCUGUCGAAUGAUUGCAGCAUCAGCCGACGAUGAGAUUCAAGAUCGAAGCUCGAGAUGUCUAACCUUUGGUAGUUUUAACGGUGGCAGCGAACUGGAAAGUGUGGACGGAGACGAACAAGCUGACCAUAAUGCGACUGAUUCAUCUUCUGACGAAGUGCGCGGUAAUGCAGCGUGGCGCGACUACACGAAUGUAAACUCGUCGGUGGUGGUGGAUCUGUUUCACGGACAGAUGCGCAGUGAGACUGUUUGUGCUACUUGUGGGGAGCGCAAGUGCACCUUCGACCCGAAUCUGUUCUUCAGCUUACCCAUCCCCGAAUCGAGUUUUGUUCGUGUUGAGGUGAGUGUGUUGUUACAGGCACGGAAGCUUCCAGGUGGCGACGACGAUGAAAAUGACCCAGAAACGGCCCUUCAAGCCGUGCAGCAAGGGUUCUGGCUUCGUCGAGGAAGUAAUGUGGGAGAACUGUGCGAUCGCAUUGCAGAGGUACACGGUCGGGCAGCUGGAAACCGGUUUCUGCUUGUGGAAGUGCGUCGGAAUCGGAUCAAGCGGAUUGUCGAGGGAGAUGAAGUUGUGGACAGGCUGGCCACAGCUGCACCUGGCUCGCUUUCUGCGUAUGAGCGCGCAUGGACGCUAGCGGAGAUCCCUGUCGUUCCUGCGAUAAUUCGCGAGUAUUUUAACGACUUGAACGUAGCGGAUGAGGCAAAGACGAUCGCUGCUGAGAAGGUCAGAAGCUUUUCCGAUCUUCGAGUGGGAUCACGUGUCGAUGCAAGGGACAACCACAAUGAUUGGCACUCAGGAACGGUAAUUGAAGUAGCUGGAGGCGGUGAAUCCGAACAAGUUCCGCGCGUCAGCGUCCAUUUUGAUGCGUUUAGCAGUAAGUGGAACAAGUGGUUUACAGCUCGUGACUGGAAGGCGAAACGACUACAGCCGCUUGCAACUCGCACGUCCAAGUCGACUGAGGUAUUUGAGGUGCAAGUUGUGCAUCGCUUCACCUCCCAAGCCUCGACAACUGCGGCGUCGGAGUCUGGUCAGACUAGUGGUGGCGAUCAUUCGUUUACUGGCAACCUCCCGAGCUCGCAAAAGCUGAGCAUUGCGAGUUCACAUAGCAGUCCGUCGUUGAAUGUAUUUGGCACGCCACUCUUUGUCACGAUCGCAUCCGACAAGACUGCCCGAGACAUGCACCAGGCACUUUUCCUACAGAUUGCUCGAUUCUGGACAAAGUUCAAUGGUGAUCCCGAGUCUACUACCGACACCAGUCACAAAGAUUUGAAGCAAAUGAAGCUACCGUAUGAAGUUCGCGUCGUAAACCUGGAGGACCUAACAAGCGAACGUGGUGAGUCUCUGCCCACAGAGUCAAGCGCGUUGCUGCAACACUUCUCUACGCGAAGUGUGCUAGCUUUGGAUUGGUUUGAUGUUCAUGACUAUUCGAGUUGUGAGGAACGAGCACCUGAAGACGUGCCAGAUGAAGUUGUUGAAGCUGCGAAAGCGGAUCCGGAUUUACGUGCUGAUCUUGAUGCUGCAGCGUCUUCUAAAAAGAAAACAGAGCCCGAAGAGAAAGCGCCAGUAGUCGACGACGACAGCCCACCCAUGUAUGCUGUGCCUUUGACCAAGUGUAUGGACGCGUUAAUGCGCGAAGAAGCCAUUUCCCUGGAAGAUCACUGGGUCUGCGAGCACUGUGGUGUCCCACGUGAAGGUAGGCGGUUGUCUGCCAUUUGGAGACUACCAGAUCUGGUCAUGGUGCAGCUCAAACGCUUCCAGUAUCUCGAGAACCAACACAAGCAGAAAGUUCGAUCACUUGUCGAUUUUCCGCUCAAAGGUCUGGACUUCUCGAAGUGGAUGGGGCAUCAAGAUGAGGGUUCGUCAGUGUAUGAUCUCUAUGCUGUGGCUAACCACGUCGGUGGACUCACUCGGGGUCACUACACGGCCUAUUGCCGCUACGACGCCGAUUUCCCAGAGAGCUUAGCACUCUUCCGAACAAACGAAGAGAGCGGCGAUGUCCAGUGUCCCGAGCUCUGGUUCCGCUUUGAUGACGAAAAAGUGUCUGAAAUUGCAGCGGGCGACGUGGUCACGGAUGCCGCCUACGUGUUGUUUUAUAAGCGCCGCACCUUGUCACCCCACAAUGUACUUCGAUAUGCACUCUAG